CUUUAUGAUGUUCUGAAGAUUAUUAAUGUUAAAAUAUUAGACUUCCGUACCUGGUCUGGGUGUGAAAAAUUGUGCUUGCGUCUCUGGAGAACUCGUUUAGCUCAUGGUUUGUUUUGAACCAAAUUUGCUAUCAGGGUUAAAUUUACUUUAUAUUUACCACGAUUCAACAUAAUCACUCUGUUAAGAUCUUUCGAGGUUGCUGAAAAUUUAGAAUAAUUUCAUUCCGUUUUACCAAGAAGGGAAAUCGUAUUAAAUAAUAGGUUAUUUAAUAUAAUAGGUUAAUAAUAGGUUAUUUAAUAUGAUAGGUUAUUAAUAAUAGAUUAUUUAGCAGAAGAAAAGAAAGAAGAUGAGUAACCCGGCAGGCCGUAAGCUGCGUAUCUUGUGCCUGCACGGCUACCGGCAAGACGCCGAGACCUUCAGACGAAGAAUUGGCGCCUUGAGGAAGAAGCUUAACUCGCUGGCCGAGUUCGAGUUCGUGGAGGGGAGCCUGGAGGUGGUGGCGGGUGACGAGUCCGGUAUCCCCGGGGAGGAGGGGCGGGCCCCGGGUCGCGGGUGGUGGUUCUCGAGGGAGGACGGCUUCUUCCGGGCUACCCACCAUUCCGACUACCAGAGGGGCUUCGAGGUCCGCAAUAUAGUAUUCAUUAAUAGUGGUUUACAAAUUUGUGUAACUUACGCGAGGUUCGUGGUGUUGGUGUCGGGGUUCAAGUCUCGCUGCAGUCUACACGCCGCCUUCUACGAGCACGUCAUCCCUACGCCCUCCCUGCACGUCUGCGGCCUCGCCGACCAGAUCGUCGACGUGUCGAUGAGUGAGGACUUCGCUGCGUGUUUCUCCGACGCUAUAAUUGUACGUCACAGCGGCGGCCACUUCGUUCCCUGCACUCCGGAAGUGACGCCACCUUUAAUUGAAUUUCUCGCUAGAUUUAAACGUGCUGUAGCAGAGCAUGCACAGAAAAAUGAACAAACUUAGCUAGCCAAUAAAAUUCCUCGGCAUGUU